CAAUGCAUUCUGGGACUUGGGGACACGGACGCUGCUGAAUGUACUGUAGUGAAAUUUUUUUUUUUUUUUUUUUCUUUGUACAGCUAAACAAUACGUUACAAUGGUGAAAGCUUGUUGUGUAAUUAACUGCCAUACUCGCACUCACGACCGGCAUGGAAAAAGAAUUUCAAACGGAGUGCGAUUUUUCAGCUUUCCCGCCUGGAAACAGCACUUUGGAUCUCAGGUCUCCGAGUUAACAAAGCGGCGUCGGAUGGCUUGGUUAGCGGCAGUAGGAAGGGAAACCAUCACCUUCAACAAUAUUUCCCGACACAAGUUUGUCUGUUCACGCCAUUUUCACAAAGGCAAACCAGCCUAUGAAAUGCUGGAGUCUGAUCCUGACUGGGUGCCAUCGUUGCAUCUUGGACACGAAGAAGUGAAAGCAACGCACUCAGGGCGGUUUAACCGGAGUACAAGGAGACUGCGAGCUGUCACAGGGGAUCACGAUUAUCCUGCACCACUACAUGUAGCUGCCACAGCAGAUGAUGCCUCACUAAUGGACGACACAGGCUCAAAUAACAACAUUGCAGAACAGCAGGAAUGCCAUCUUUGUAGCUGCAGGAGUGAUGUAAUUAACCGUUUGUUGGAGGAGAACAGGAGACUGAAGGAAGAGCUCGCCCAGAAGAGAAUGGAUGAGGAUUCUUUUAAAGAUGAUGAUGCAAAGGUGAAGUACUACACUGGGCUUCCGUGUCUUGCGCUUCUGAUGGGUGUGCUGACACAGCUUCUUCCCUGCCGGCCACAGACUGGCCAAAAACUCUCGCCUUUUCAAAUGCUCCUUUCAACACUUAUGCGCCUCAGGCUGAAUCUCCCAAUUCAGCACAUCGCGUACCUCUUCUCUGUGGAUCGAAAGACUGUGUCCACCACAUUCAGAGAGACCAUAGGUACAAUGUUUAGACAUCUCAAACCCUUGGUGCACUGGCCGGAGAGACAUUGCUUACAGGCCACCAUGCCACAUCAGUUUGUAGAGGCUUUUGGCAAUCGAGUAGCCGUUAUUGUGGACUGCUUUGAAAUUCGCAUUAAAACAGCAUCGAAUCUCAAAGCUAGAGCACAGACAUUUCCCCACCACAAACACCAGCACACCCUAAAGUAUCUCAUUGGCAUUACACCACGAGGCUCUAUCUCCUUCAUCUCCCAAGGGUGGGGAGGUGAUGUCAGUGACAAACAUGUGACUGAGAAUAGUGGCCUUCUUAAUAAACUCUUACCUGGAGACUUGGUGUUGGCAGAUCGUGGAUGUGACAUCAGAGAGAGUGUUGGACUCGUGUGUGCAGAAGUGAAAAUACCUGAAUUCACAAGAGGACACAGCCAGCUGGAUGCAGAAGAUGUGGAGGAAACACGGCGGAUAGCUCACCUCAGGGAACAUGUGGAGAAGGUGAUUGGAUGUGUACGCUCAAAGUACACCAUACUGAAUGGAAUCGUACCCGUCAGCAUGGUACUCCCAUGUCAAGGUGAAGACACCACGUUCCUGGACAAGAUAGUGACCGUAUGCUGUGCCCUGACUAAUAUGUGCCCCAGCGUUGUCAUGAAACCAUGAACUAUGGCUGUCAAAUCAUUUGAUCACAAUUAAUCACAUCCAAAAAAAUCAGUUUGUGUUUAUCAAUGUUUGUGUACUGUGUAUAUCUAUGUGUAUAUAUAUACACAUGCAUGUAGAAAUAAGAAAUAUUAACGUGUAUGUACUGUAUACACACACAUGUAAAUAUGUACAUGCAUUUCCUGCAUUAUUAGUGUUAUGCAUAAUACCACCUGUUACAAUAAUAAACAGCAAAAUGUA